UUAGCUAAUUUUUAAGUCAUCUUAUAUCAAUUUGCUUCAAUCUACAUCAACAUGUUUUUCUAUGAUUUAAACAUGGUAGCCAUGAGUAGCGGCGUGUGAGUUCACAUGGAUUUUUCCACGGCUUUACGACAAGUUUAUUAAUUAUUUCUCAAAAUUUAAUCCUUUUAGUUAUAAACACUUUUAAAAGAGUCAACAAGUCAACUGCAUUAUCAACUUCCGAGCUCUCUGUUAAGUUGCCUUAAAACGCUUUCACACUAACUUUUAAUGUUCAACCAGCAAUAACAUCAUAAUUUGAAAUUAAAUCAAAACUAAGGCUGAGCUCAGACACACGUGUUUACAUGCACGUUUCUUCCGGUCAGGAGUUUAUUGCCUUUGUAACUUCCAAUUUGUGUGUAACAUGCAGGCGUGCUGUUUGUAACGUAUACAUCAUUUUAACUUUGCAAACAGGUUAGAUAUAGUCCAGGAGCUCAUAACAGAACUUUAGGUCCCAUUUUCUACAAAAGGUUUGACCCUCUAAAUAGGUUGGUAGUAUCACGGACAAUAAAAAUCACAUGGUCAGCUGACCCAAUUUGGGGGCGUUUGGGUCCCAGGCCCCUAAAAUUACCCUAAUUCGAGACUCCUAUUUGGUCCCAUAAUUCUCAAAGCUUAAAAGUUAGUAACGUGUGUCAUUAUAUGAGAGAAUCUGAAAAAUGAUAAAGCUUACCGAAAAAUUGGGUCUUAAGACUGGGUCAGACCCCCCUCAAAGACCAUAUUUAGGACCUUAAUUUGUCCCCAUAAGCUACAAACUCCAAAUUUUGCACAAACAUUCUCUAACAUAGUGUAAUGUCAGUGGUCAUAAAGCUGACCAAAAAUUUGGGUCUCUUGGCCUAGUCAGACCGCGUCUCGCCCCAUAUCUCUAUUUUUAAUGCGGAGGAGAAGCAAUAGAAAAACAUUUGUCUUAUUUCCAAUGUGUUCAGGGCCUUAACUUAUUUUUAGAAUUUUUUUAAAUAGAAUAGAACGUUUUCGUCCAAAUACAACAGGAAACCGACAUAACAAACCAGACAGUGAAAGAAAAAAGUUAAGAGAAGCAGUUAUUUUGAAGCAAGUGAAGUAAAAACGUGAACAAAUUACCGGGAUAUUUGCAUAUUAGACUAUCAAAUAUAGAAAAUUAGAAACUUUAGAUAAAAUGUGAUAGAUAGAAGAUAUGACAGGUAAAGAUAUAUGUAAUUAUAUCAAGUUUUUAGUUACUGCAUGUUGUAGUCAGUUUCGGAUGAUAAGUCAAAAAAAGUUUUAAUAGUCUGUUGUUGAACUGAAUUUUUUAAACAUAUAUUUUGUCAAUUUUUACUUCAUUGAUUGAAUUUCUCAUUUCGUAGAAUUUUCGAACAAAGAAAUAUUCAAUAAGAUCAAUGAAAGCGAUGAUGUUGUAGCUACUGUAGAUGACAAUUUAAAUGCAAAUGGAAAUACUGACAGUGAUGAACGAUGCUGUGUGCUGCAUGUUGGUGAUGGAUACAAAGUUGGCAAAAUAAAUCUCUUCAAUACGGAAACCCUGGGAAAGUGCAAAUCUAUCUUAGUUACACGUAAAAAUGGAAAUCUAAAGUACAAGGAUACGCAACUUCCUGGCUUUGUGAAUAAAAUUCAAGGAUUUCAUUUAAAUUGUUACAAAAGAUUUAUAGCAUUGUCUGAAACACAGAGAAAAAAUCUCCCCAACGAUAAGAAAGUAUCUAAAGCUGUCCCUUUAACCCGUUCAAAAAUUUCCAUAACAGUGCAAUCAUCUUCAACAGGAGUGUUUUCAAAGAUAUGUAUUUUCUGCAUGCGAAAGGAAAAGAAGCACAAAAAUUUAAAGCAAAAAUUAAAUGCAGCAUCUACAGAGAAUUUUCAAGAAAAUAUAAAAAAGUAUGCACGUUGGUUGGAAGAUAAGCCUAUGUUAGUGCGAAUCGGAAAUGAAGAUUUUGUAAGCAAAGAAAUAUACUACCAUGGAAUGUGCAGGGUCAGUUAUCAAAGCAAGGCCGAAAAAACACCAUUGGCAAUACAAGAGAGGAAUGAAAAAGGGAUGGAAAGACAAAAACUUGAAACAUCCUGGCAUACUGCGAGAGGGAUUCACUGCAAGGCUUUUGAAGGUGUUUGUGCUUAUAUUGAUGAUCACAUCCUAAAAGAAAAAGAUGUUAUCUUACUCAGCGAGAUAAAAAAUCAAUAUCACAUGUUACUAGCAGAAAUCGGGAAUGAAGCAUUCGAAGAUAUUGAAUCGUCUUCAGCAAAACUUGAGCAAAAAUUAUUAAAGCAUUACAAAGAAAGUAUACAAAUCAUGAAGGGGAAAACAAGACGUGGAAACUUGAUAUUCUGCAGCACCAUUUCCGAAGAAGAAGCUUUCAGGAAAGAGUACUCGAUGAAGACAAAAUUGAAAGCGAAGAUUAGAGAUGUAGCGUUUGCAUUAAGGUCUGCCAUAAUGGAAAUUGAAAAAUGCCCUAUACCCGAUGAAGUGACAUUUGCAGAUAUAAAAAAAGGUGAAGUUGAGGCACCAAAUGAAUUAAUUGAAUUUUUCAGUUACCUUAUUGGUGGUCCUGACCAACGCAUAGUAAAGUCAAAUCAGAAGCAGAGGCGCAUAAAAAGUAUUGCUGACGAUGUCAUAUUUGCUGCAACAUCAGGAAAAAAAAAACCUGCAAAACAUUUGCAGCUUGGACUGGCAGUGAAAAGCAUUACAGGAAGCAAAAAAGUGAUCGAAAUGUUAAAUAGACUUGGACACUCUGUUAGCUAUAGCAUUAUCGAAGAACUAGAAACAGAAUUAACUUUUACAUCAACAAAGGCCGGGAAUGCCACACCACAUGGUAUGAAACUAAUGUCAAGUCUUGGAACAGGCGUUGCAUUCGACAACUUUGACAGAUUUGUUGAAACUUUAAGUGGAAAGGAUACCUUGCAUGAUACUGUUGGGAUAGCGUACCAAGUUGUGUCACAAAAUAAUGACAAAUCAUUGGAAGAAGAUGACGAUUCUACCCUUGGCAAUUCUCAGCUAUCUGGAAAGAAAAAACGUAGAUCAUUUCUGGCUGUAGGAUUAGACAUAGAGCCGUACAGAAAAAAACCUAAGAUGUUAACAAGAAUAAUGCUUCCACUAGAUGACCAGAGAAGGGCGUCAGAACCCCUUUCAUAUAUCAAAGCACGCAUGUACGAUACCUUGUGGAUGAUGGAUUUUUAUUUUUCACCCGACACUACACCAAUGUGGGUUGGUUUUUUUUACCCUCUAAAAGUUGUUUAAAAUAGGGAUUUGGGGCGAGACUUGGUCUGACUAGGCCAAGAGACCCAAAUUUUUGGUCAGCUUUAUGACCACUGACAUUACACUAUGUUAGAGAAUGUUUGUGCAAAAUUUGGAGUUUGUAGCUUAUGGGGACAAAUUAAGGUCCUAAAUAUGGUCUUUGAGGGGGGUCUGACCCAGUCUUAAGACCCAAUUUUUCGGUAAGCUUUAUCAUCUUUCAGAUUCUCUCAUAUAAUGACACACGUUACUAACUUUUAAGCUUUGAGAAUUAUGGGACCAAAUAGGAGUCUCGAAUUAGGGUAAUUUUAGGGGCCUGGGACCCAAACGCCCCCAAAUUGGGUCAGCUGACCAUGUGAUUUUUAUUGUCCGUGAUACUACCAACCUAUUUAGAGGGUCAAACCUUUUGUAGAAAAUGGGACCUAAAGUUCUGUUAUGAGCUCCUGGACAACAUCUUCAGCUCCAU